UUGGGGACAGUUAUAGCUAAUGGACUUCAGGAAAAUACAGCUUCCUCAUCCUUUACUCAGCGUCCUCUUCUUCUCUACUCCAGAUCCCCCUACGUGUGGAGCAGACCAGUUCAAGUGUUCCAAUGGCAAGUGUAUACGUCAGGACUGGAUAUGUGACGGAGAUAAUGACUGUGAUGACCGCAGUGAUGAGAUAAGCUGUGAACACAAGAACUGUACCUCGGAUCAGUUUCGAUGUCAGAAUGGUAACUGUGUACGUCAACACUGGAGAUGUGACGGGGACGACGACUGCGGGGACAAUUCUGAUGAAAUCUGCCCUGAACACCAAACAUGUCAUCCAAAUGAGUUCCGCUGCUCAGAUGGUACUUGUAUCUCAUCAACAUGGCGCUGUGAUUUUGAUGAGGACUGUAAGGGGGGAGAAGAUGAACAUGAUUGCACUGUUUCACCACACAAUUGUACAAAGGACGAGUUCCUGUGUCCAGAAACAGGGCGUUGCAUCUUGCACUCCUACCGCUGUGAUGGAGAGAAUGACUGUGGGGACUGGAGCGAUGAAAAAUGUGAUAGCCGGCCAUCUUGUGGUGAUGGAGAGUUCCAGUGUUCUAGUGGGAUGUGUAUCAAUGGAGCCUGGGAGUGUGAUGGAGAAUAUGACUGUCCUGAUAACUCUGAUGAGUUGCAUUGUCCUAGCCCAAGCUGUGGACUUGGUCAGUUCCAAUGUGUAUCUGGACUCUGUAUAAGGGACAUAUGGCGCUGUGAUGGGGAGAAAGACUGUAGUGAUAACUCUGAUGAAGUUGGGUGUGUCUAUAACAACACUCACUGUGGCAAGGGUCAGUUCCGGUGUGACAAUGGUCAGUGUAUAGGGAGCAGCAAGGUGUGUGAUGGAGAAGACCAGUGUGGGGAUGGGUCAGACGAAAAGAAGUGCAUCUCUCCAGCCAGUUGUUCUGCAGACAAUGGUGGAUGCACUCAGAAGUGCACUAAUACCAGGAUGGGGGCCAGGUGUACAUGUAAUGUAGGCUAUGACCUCAUGAUGGACAAGAAGUCCUGCAUAGAUGUAAAUGAGUGUGAGAUUGAGGGCAGUUGCAGUCAGUUAUGUCACAAUACCAUGGGUUCAUUUCGCUGUUCAUGUACCAGAGGUUAUGAACUCAAACCAGAUGGCAAAGGAUGCAAGGCACUAGGUGGAGAGGCUUACCUCAUCUUUGCCAACCGUGUUGACAUCCGCAAAGUUCUCCCCGACAAAUCAGAAUACACCUCAAUCCUGGCAGGUCUGGAGAAUGCCAUUGCUCUUGACUUCCACCAUGAUCUGGGCAUGGUGUUCUGGUCUGAUGUCACUCUGGACAAAAUCAAGAGAGCUUACAUCAAUGGGACGGAUGUCCAGGAUAUAGUGGACACUGGUCUGGAGAGUCCAGGGGGUGUUGCAGUGGACUGGAUACAUAAUAAAUUGUUUUGGACAGAUUCGGGGACGUCCAGGGUGGAAGUGGCUAAUCUGGAUGGUAGUCAGCGUAAAGUGUUGCUGUGGGAGAAUCUGGAGAAACCACGGGCUAUUGCUGCACACCCAGGCCAAGGGACUAUAUUUUGGACAGACUGGGGUCAGAGGCCCAAGAUUGAAAGGUCCACCAUGGAUGGCUCAUCAAGAGACAUUCUGGCAGAGGAGAACCUGUUCUGGCCCAAUGGUCUGGCCAUAGACUAUGCUGCGGACAGAAUUUACUGGGCAGACGCCAAGCAUCAUGUGAUCGAGUGUGCUGACCUGGAUGGAGCAAAUAGGAGGAUAGUAUUGGAUCAGGGUCUUCCACAUCCAUUUGCUGUGACAUUGUUUGAGGAUGAGCUGUAUUGGACAGACUGGCAUACCAAGAGCAUCAAGAAGGCAAACAAAUUUAAUGGGAACUCUGUGGUCACAGUGAGGAACAGGCUGCACUUCCCUAUGGACAUUCACACUUUCCACCCUCUGAGGCAGCCUACUGCUGUGAACAGGUGUGGCAUGAACAAUGGUGGCUGCAGUCACCUAUGUCUUCCAAACUUGGACACCUAUUCCUGUGGAUGUCUCACUGGCUACAGACUGUUGCCUGAUAACAGGUCAUGUGCACAAGAAAUUGAGAAAUUCCUCCUGUUCUCUCACCAAUCAGACAUCCGUCGUAUUUCAUUUGACACAGAAGACAAGACUGACAUAGUUGUACCUCUCAGCAAUGUGCAGGGUGCAUUAGCAUUGGAUUGGGACAGUCAGGACAAAUACAUCUACUGGACUGAUGUUAAAAUGGAAACUAUCAAUAGGGCAUUGUGGGAUGGAUCAUAUGAUGAGAUAAUAGUUGGCAGCAGCCUGGAGAGCCCAGCAGGCCUGGCCUUGGACUGGGUGACUAGGAAACUCUACUGGACAGAUGCAGGCACAGAUAUGAUAGAAGUCUCUAACCUAGAUGGUACUAUGAGAACAGUACUGGUCUGGGAGGACCUGGACAAGCCUAGGGACAUCAUUGUGGAUCCGGCGUCAGGGUACAUGUAUUGGACAGAUUGGGGCAGGCUUCCUAAGAUAGAGCGUGCAGGAAUGGACGGCCAGAACAGGUCCAUACUGGUCUCUCAGAACUUGACCUGGCCCAAUGGGCUGGCCAUUGAUGUCCAGAGCAGGAGGUUGUAUUGGGUGGACGCUGGUCACCAUGUCAUUGAGCAUGCUGAUCUGGAUGGCUCUAAUAGAAAGAUCUUAUUGGCUAGUGAAGUACCACAUCCAUUUGGCCUGACAGUGUUUGAAGACAAUAUUUAUUGGACUGACUGGCAGACAAAGAGUAUUCAUGUUGCUAACAAACUCACUGGAGGAAACAGGAGUGUGCUGGUUCAGGGCCUGGACAAUCUCAUGGAUAUCCAUGUGUAUCACAAGGGCAGGACUAUGAUCCCAAAUGCCUGCAUGGUAAACAAUGGAGGUUGCAGUCACCUAUGUCUUCUUGCCCCACCUCCCAGUACUCACACCUGUAUGUGUCCCACUGGAAUCCACCUGCUACCAGAUGGCAAGACAUGUCAGCCAGAACUGAACCAGUACAUCAUAUUUGCUCGUAAAACAGAUAUCAGGCUGAUCUCCCUGGAUGUGCCCUACUACGCUGAUGUGGUACUGCCUAUAGAGGGGCUGAAGAAUACUAUUGCAUUGGAUGUGGAUACACAGGAAGGCAAAGUAUACUGGGCUGACAUUGGCCUUGACAAAAUCCAGCGCAGUAACUUGGAUGGUUCUGAUGUAGAAGAUGUCCUAACUCAGGGCCUGAAGACCAUGGACGGCAUUUCACUGGACACUGUGGGUCGUAAGAUAUACUGGACAGAUACUGGACGUAACAGAAUUGAGGUGGCCAAUCUGGACGGCAGCAUGAGGAAAGUCCUCUUCUGGCAGAACAUAGACAAUCCUAGAGCUAUAGUGGUAGACCAUAACACUGGAUACAUGUUCUGGGCAGACUGGGGUAGUGACCCAGUCAUAGAGAGGGCUGACAUGGAUGGUGAGAACAGACAAGUACUGGUCACUGACAACUUGGGGUGGCCAAAUGGACUGGCACUGGACACAGAGAAUGCCAAGAUCUACUGGGCAGAUGCCAAAACUGAAAUGCUGGAGUGUUCAAACCUUGAUGGCAGUAACCGCAAAAUAGUUGUGUCAGGCUUACCCCAUCCUUAUGGCUUGACCAUUUUGAAUGACCAUGUAUAUUGGACAGACUGGCAAGCCAAGGCCAUCAAGAGAGCAAACAAAUUAACUGGGGUGGAUGUAACGGUUAUUCGUGAAAACAUGCCCGGACUAAUGGACUUGCAUGGAGUACAGAAAACGGAGCAAAAGGGUACCAGCAGAUGUGGUUCUUACAAUGGAGGUUGCAGCCAUCUUUGUUUACCUAAUCCUGGAGGUUUCAGCUGUGCCUGUCCCACUGGAAUACUACUGAAGCCUGAUGGAAAGACAUGCUACAAUGUUCCUACCACCUACAUGCUGUUUGCUAGCCGUGACAGUAUCCAGCGUAUCUCCAUGGACACACCAGAUAGCACAGAGGUCUUCCUCCCUCUACCAGACCUCAGCAAUGUCAUAGCUCUAGAUGUGGACUAUGCUGACCAGAAACUCUACUACACUGAUGUACAUCUUGAUGUCAUAAGGUACAUGUUUUGGACAGACUGGGGCAACACUCCAAAGAUAGAGCGUGCCUUUAUGGAUGGCACUAAUCGCAGGGUUCUCGUCAACACAGAGCUAGGCUGGCCUAAUGGACUGGCACUUGAUUAUGAAAUGGAGAGGAUAUUUUGGCUAGAUGCAAAACUGGACAAGAUUGAAACUUCUGACUUAAAUGGUGAAAACAGAGUGCUUCUGAUAAGUGGAACGCAAGGGGUGCUUGACCAUCCAUUUGGCAUCACUGUGUUUGGAGAGCACGUAUACUGGACAGACUGGCAGACACAAUCUAUAGACAGAGCCAACAAGAGAACUGGGAAGAAUCGAACUGUCAUCAAAGACAACUUGGAAGGUCUGAUGGAUGUGCUGAUUGUUUCUCCAUUAAAACAGAGUGGUACUAAUGCCUGUCACAUGAAUAAUGGAGGUUGCUCACACCUUUGCCUGGCUAGACCAGAUGUGGGCUUUGUGUGUGCUUGUCCCACGGAACCAGAUGACAGGCCUUGCUCUACAGUGCCAGGGAUAUAUAUAGUAGAUCCUACAAAGAAUAAAAAGUUUGACUAUGGCAAGGAGUGGAAUGUUCCUCCUGCUAUACCAGAUACUCUACCAGAUACAGGGCAACAUGCAGAUGGGUGCUCUGAAGAAGACUGGCGGCAUGGGCUAUGUAGUGCAGACAACAGUGGAGUCCAUGCUGCAUAUAUUUCAUUAGCAGUUGUUAUUUUACUCAUUCUUGGAGGAGCUGUGAUAUUUCUACUGAUCUGGAGGAGGAAAAGGAGAAGAGAAGAAGACUCCAUAUCAUCUGAGGCAAGGCUUACCUUUUCUAACCCCACAUACCAUAAAACUAGUGAUGAAAGAAUAAAUAUAGAAAGAAGAACAAAACCUUGGCGUCUCUUUAGAUAUGACACUGCUGAGGAACGCCUGUCUAUGUUGGCUCCCCCAGUUCCUCCAAAGCCAAAGGAAAACUUAGCCUCUCAAGAAGCAGCAGCAUUAAUGAAAGCAAAAGACAGUGACUGUGAUUGUGAAGGUUGUGAGACGCCCCCUCCAACCCCACCAGAGAGAAUAGACAGUAAAAAUAUAUUCAUUCAGGAUGAAGUGAAAGAUUCUAAAGACCCACGUUUAGAAGAUGACACAUAUGAACCAGUGGAGACUCAGAUCUAGCAAUAUUGAGACUCGUUUCAGCAGCACCCUUUUUAAUGGCUGCUGAAACAUAGGGAAUAUUUAUAAAAUUUAUUUAUUAUUUAUAAUUUUUGUGUACAUUUUGUAAAAAAAAAAGAUCAAAUAUCUUCCACUGCAUUUGUGCCAUAUAUGCUUAACUUUGUGUACAAAUUUUAUCCAUGUAGUGCAUUAAGGGACCAAUCAUAGUUCUAAAUCAAAAACCAUCACUGUUUGUUAAUGAGAGAAUUAACUUAUAUGUAAAAGUGUUUGAAUAUAUGCAUUGUUCAGUGCAAUUUCAAGUUAAUUUAUGGUGUGCUACUAUUUUAGUAAUUGGUACAUUCUAUUGGACAUCCAAUAGUUACUUUCAAUGUCAUUUUAAUACAUGGUAGCAUGUAUGUAUCAGUUUAACUGUGAAGCUUUUUUUUUCUAAUUCUUGUUCUCAUUCAGCACAAAUAAAUAAGGGUGCAAUUUAAGGCUGAAUUUUUACCUGUUAAGACCUCUAGAUAAUGAACAUUGCUACAACUUUUAUAAUUUUUGCCAAAAUAUUUUGAAGUAACUGUAAGAUUUUAUAGCAAACAUUUUUACUUUUAUUUUUAAAUUUAAACUGUAUAACUGAUAAAAGUAUGCACAAUGAGUACUUUUCUCUUUCAGUUAAGAGGAUGUGAAUGUCUAUGUACAUUUAAUACUAAAUGAGAUAACCCUAAAAGGGUUAAACAGUGAAAAGGAUGCAGAUAAAAUAGAUGAGUUGUCUGAGACACUACUCAGUGUAUUCAUUUUCAUUAUAAUGAAAACGCUCCAAAGUUCUAUUGAAAUUGUAGCACUGCUUUCCUGUAAGAUCUAGUCAUUGAGCAUUGUCUUUCAAAAUGAGUGUUAUAUUUGCCUUAUGCUUUAGGGAUACAAUAAAGUAUGUCAUACAUUGUACCUCCAAGGGUUGUUAGGUUAGCAUAACCGGGUAAUUAAUUUAUGUCAGUGUUCAAUAUUGAUAUCUGAAAGUGUGAACAAAUAGUUUUUUUUUUUCAAAUGAACUUUUUUUGUGCAGAUAAUGUUCAAUUUUUUCUAAGUAACUUAAUUUACAAGUUAUAGAUCGGCAUAAAACAUUUUAUAUAUACAUAUUAAAGGCAAUCUGUUUAUCUGCUGUUUGAAUGCAUUUGUAUUUUGUGUCAGUCUGUAUAUAUUUUUAUUGUUAUUAAAAAUAACAUUUUUAA